AUGGACGAUGACAAUGAAGAGAACGGAACACAUGAAGGCUCUCAAACUGAGCAUCCUUCUCAGCCAAUCUCAGCAUCAGCCUCGCUUCCUCAAUCUCCAGAUGGCAAUGGGGCCCAUACCAGGCAACAAACGGCUUCUUCCACCUCUCGCAUAGGGAAUGCUCUGCCUGAGGGCCAGGUCGAUGGCCGUUUAUUUCACCCUGAUGCUUCCCUGGUUUUGGUUGGCAUCCGAGCGUCUGGGAAAAGGUCACUAGGCUUUAUCGCUGCCACUGCCCUUGGGCGAAGAUUCAUUACCGAGGACCAUUACUUCCAGAGCGUCAAUGGACUUUCUCGACAGGAUUAUCUCAAAAUCCACGGAAGCGAGCAGUUCCACAGACAGGAUGUCAAGACCUCCAAACGAAUGCUCGAGGACAACAAGUACGGCUGUGUCAUCGAUUGUGGCCUGGGGAGCCUGACCAGCAGCCUUCAAGACCAUCUCAGACAGUAUAGCCAGACAAACCCUGUCGUAUUCAUUCUUAGGGAUAUGGCUCAAAUCAGAACACUCCUCAGCCUCAAUGAUAGAUCAGCAAAACUCCUCGACAACGGAAACUUCACGCAUCGCAGAUGUUCCAACUUUGAGUAUUACAAUCUGGAGGACGAAUCCAUGCAAGAUACAUCGGAAUCUGACGCUGAAGACCGAGCCGCACCGACCUAUUCAUUCCGACUCAAAGACGCCCAAGCGGAUUUCUCCCGGUUCGUUCGCUACAUUACCGGAUCCAGUCAUGCUCAAGCAAUCCAUCAUUCACCAUUCUCUUUAGAUGGCGCAGUCGAGCUACGAACGUACACUCACGCGCUACUUGUCAAGCUCUCCAACUAUGUAGCUGAACAGGUCGACUUCGAAAAGCUAGAGUCAGCUGGUGAUGUUCUGGAAAUAUAUGUCGACCGGUGGCAUCCUACUAUGGCAAGACAUCUAAGUAAAAUGGUGGCGGUGAGCAGGAGAGUGCUCAAGUUACCAAUCCUGCUUUCUGUCAGCAGUACGCUACCUCACAGCACCGAGGGACGAAUGAAUGUUCUUUUGCACGGUCUACGCCUUGGAGUUGAGUUCGUGUCUGUCGAUGUCCAGCUUAAGGAAGAAACAAUGGCACAACUCAAGGCUAUCAAGGGCUACACGAAGCUUGUUGGUACCUAUACCAGUGGUAUAAACGACAAAGGAUGGAAAGAUCCGAUGUUGAUGACAAUUCAACGAAAUGCCGUGGCCAUCGGCUUCGAUAUCAUUCGGUUAAUACACUUUCCAACCUCUCAACAUGACAACCAGACCUUGGUUUGGUUCAUGGAAGAACUGGCAGACCUCUCAGGGCCACGGACUGUUACCUCAGCGUUCAAUGUCGGCACAUUGGGUCGUACUUCACAAAUCACGAACCGGGGUUUGACUUCCGUCACGCACCCUGCUCUUCCACAGCUACAAGCGCCGCGCCUGGACGCCUUUCAGCCAACUUUGUCAUCCAAACAAAUCAUCAACGCUCUCUUUGACAAUUAUACAUUUGAUCCUCUUCAAUUCCACAUUGUUGGUGCUAAUGUGACUGGUUCUUUAUCCCCAGCAAUGCAUAACGCAGCGUAUGCACUGCUCGGACUUCGCCAUAGUUACAGUGCUAGGAAUAUCAGAUCGUGGGCAGAUAUCGAAGAGCUUAGCAAGGAUGACAAUCUGGGUGGACUGAGUAUUGUGCAGCCAUACAAGGUCAAAGUCGUGCCUAGCAUUGCUUCUCUAAGCGACCAUGCAAGGACUAUUGGAGCAGUCAAUACUGUGGUACCGCUCCGGGAAAACGCUGCCGGAGUGAUUCCUCCGCUAACGAUUCAAGCGCAAGAGAGGAAUCGUGCAGGAAACAUUGUUGGCUGGUAUGGAGAAAACACCGACUAUAUCGGCAUCAUGACGUGCGUCAACAGGAGUCUCUCUCCACGCAAUAUCCUUCAGCCGAGAUCUACCGCCCUUGUUAUUGGAGCUGGCGGCAUGGCCAGAGCAGCAGUCUAUGCAAUGCUGCAACUGGGCUGCAAGACCACGUUUGUUUACAAUAGAACCACCGUCAACGCAAUGUCAAUCGCUACACAUUUCAACGAGUGGGCCAGAUCUCAACCAGACGGCCACGACCCUCGAGCUCCGAAUGCUUUGGUGAGAGUCCUUGAAUCCAGAAACGCUCCAUGGCCAGCAGAUUUUGCUCCACCGACCAUCGUCAUAUCCUGCGUCACUCACGAGGUCCUUGAUGGGAAUCCAGGUGCGGAUUUCGAGUUGCCAGAAUCUUGGAUGCAGUCACAAACGGGCGGGGUUGUAGUUGAAAUGGCCUACAUGACCAAGGAGACUCCCCUCGUUCGACAGAUGAAAACGUUCAGAGAGACAACGAAAAGACCUUGGGUCUUGAUAGAUGGCAUCGAGACGUUGAUAGAGCAGGCUAUCGCUCAAUUCGAGACAAUGACUGGGAGAAAGGCACCGAAACGUGCCAUGGCGGAAGCCGUCCACGGUGCAUUGAAGGAGAAUACAUCGUAUCUGGUCGACGGCGAAGAAUUCUUCACGUAA